CGCCUGCGUACUGCGUCGCCGUCGCCCCUCCUCCCGCUCUGCCCUCCUCCCGCGCCGGGGCUGAAUGGCCUUCAGGGACGGCGUCCGCCUGGAAGGGUUGGCGGCAGCUGCGCGCCUCGAGCCGCUGUGACUCGCCUUCCCUUAGCCGGAAAGCCUCCGCCUGCGCCCGCGCGGGAGGAGCGGGCCCUCUGAGGGCAGCGGCGACCCCGCCGGCCCCAGUCUCUUUCCCUGGCGGCGGCGGCGGCGGCUUCUUCCGGGGGACAAUAUGUUCAAGAGAAUGGCCGAAUUUGGGCCUGACUCCGGCGGGAGAGUAAAGGGAGUAACUAUUGUUAAACCAAUAGUUUAUGGUAAUGUCGCUCGAUAUUUUGGAAAGAAAAGAGAAGAAGAUGGGCACACACAUCAGUGGAGGUAUAUGUAAAGCCCUAUAGAAAUGAGGGUCUACAUAGGCAAGCAGCUGGACUCAGAAGCUGGAGCUAGGAAUCAAACCCAGGGCAAGAUCUAUGAAAGGUGUGAGUUGGCCAGAACUCUGAAAAAACUUGGAUUGGAUGGCUACAAGGGAGUCAGCUUGGCGAACUGGAUGUGUUUGACCAAAUGGGAGAGAGGUUAUAACACGCAAGCUACAAACUACAACCCUGGAGACAAAAGCACCGAUUAUGGAAUAUUUCAGAUCAAUAGCCGCUACUGGUGUAACGAUGGCAAAACCCCACGAGCAGUUAACGCCUGC